AUGUUUAGCCUAUUGCCUUGAAGUGAAUUUUUUUUAUAUCAAAGAUUUACUUUUCUAGAAUCUAGAUUUAUUAACUCUUAGCAAAAGCUCUCAUCUCUUAGAAGCGUGAAACAUUACAGGAACAAAGCUAUAUUCCGGCUUUUGGAGGUGGUUUGAAGUUUAAUUUAUUUUUCCGUAUAGCGUCUCAGAUAUGAAUCACUAGCCAUGGCGUCCAACAACUCCAACUCUUGUGUCGAAACACCUUUGGCUCCCGAAUGGCUCUCACAAUUGGAAAACCGUCGCGAGCAACUGAAAAAAUCGAAACUUGGACAUGAAUCUGGUGCGGGGGCUCCGUGUACCGAGUGCCUAGAGAAAUGCCCAGGUCUAGAUCUGCAUUUCUGGCGAAAGGUUUGCCGAAACUGCAAAUGUCGCAAAGAUCAGCAUAUGUGCCAGGACGAUGACGCUUCAGGUUGGGCGCAAUUCGAGAUUUUGGGUCAAAUACGUGCCAAGCCAGCUUUUAUCAAAAUCAAGGCUUUGGCCAGCCAGCCAGUUAAGUUGGAAUGGGUGCCACCGAAUGCUUCACCGGAUGUGGUCACAGACUAUAUGGAAAAAUUGGGUGCCUCGCAGAUUCCAGUAGCUGGCAGUGAUGCUGCACAUAAAAGAAAGCAGCAACUGCAAUUCCAAGUGCCUGCCCAUGAUCUGGACGCAACCCUUUGUGACAGCUUGACCGAGACAGAGGCCCAACAGUUGCAGCAAUAUGUCCAGAAAUUGCGAGAACAAUGUGUGGGUCAGGGAAUUGUUGUGAGGGUGGGCAGUCGCCUUCUGCAUGGUCAAGUCGAACAAGUGCCAGCUACUGCUCCCAUGGAAAGAACUUGGCAAUCACUGGGCGUUGCCCCCAUUAAUGAUCCCACGCUAAGUGAUUUGCUCUCCAAUCCCAAGGUGGCCCAGGCUAUAGAGGCCCCAUCCAAUGCCCAGCCCAAGCUGUUGGUGGCAUUUUCCGAGCCCUUGAGUGAUUCGUUAGAACAGUUUGACGGUCUCCGUGCCGAGACUAAAGAUAAACUCCUGGGUUUAAGUCAACCGGCUCUAAGAAGUAUGGUCACCCAUGGUGUAAUCUAUGACAAAGUCUUAGGAACACUCCAGGGCAAAAACUACAUCAUCUCCAGGGAUCCCAAAUUGGGGCCAAUUGCUGAAUUCUGCAAGGAGUUUAACACGAAUCCCCAAUUUCGAGCCGAGAUCAAUACCAUUUGUCCACAGCAGCCGCAGCCCAUGACGCCAAUAAAAUCUUCACCGGCUACGCCCUUCAAUUCGCCCUUGCCGCUUAAGAAUCCAGUCCAGGCUCGUUUUGGUUCACAAAUGCGUCAGGAUACACCCAUGCGACGUGUCAAAUUUGGUAAUGUUUCGACCGUAAUUUAUGAUUGUGGUCUGCCUGCUCAUAUAGACUAUGAAAGGGAUCCCGUCUUUGCCCAAAUUGUGCAGGCGGAACCCUUGAAGCAGGCGUUGCAUGCUGCACGUUCUGGGCAUCCACCAGCACCGCUUGUCUUGGCCAGCAAGCCAGCUAAUGUCGACAAUCUGAAUCAGUUGUCAGGGCUCACACCUGUCACUAGAAAUCAAUUACAGGAGGUCGGUGUAGAUAAGCACAUGCUUCACUCGGCAGUGGCCAACAGACCCUACUAUGAUCAAUUAUUUGGAGCCCUGGAAGACAAGAGAAUCCAGCAUGAUCAGUGCCAACUAUUAAAGCCCUUGAAGGAUGUCAACAAUUGGCUGCUCAACGAUGAGCAACUGCUAGAGGAUAUUGAGAAGGUUUUUGCUAAUAUGGCAGCAGCGGGAACAGCUGGAGACAUUGCCUAUGGCAAGCCAUACGGGGAUAUUCCAGCCUCCCUGAGUAAUGAUUCCGGUUUCCAAUCAAAGCCCUCAACACCGGAACUUAAUGCGGCACAUGGCAAAUUCUCUUCCAUUCCAGGCAUUGAGGAUAUGAACAUGUAUCCCAGUUGUCUGGGCAUUGCCGAGCAUUUCCAACAGCAAUUACAGAUACAACCCAAUUCCACAUCCAUGCCACCGCCACCAGCACCGGUGAGUUGCCGUGACUGCAGUUUGCCCAUUCAUUUCGGCGAAGUGGCAGUUAAGGCAGAGCGUGCCGGCAAGGAGAUUGCCUGGCAUCCGGCAUGCUUUAAGUGUCACACUUGUCGCGAACUUCUGGCCGACUUGGUUUACUUCUUCCACCAUGGACAGGUGUAUUGUGGCCGCGACUUGGCCAUCAAAUUGAAAAUUCCCCGUUGCAAGGCAUGCGAUGAACUGAUCUUCACCAAGGAGUACACUGCCGCAGAAGGAUCAACAUUCCACAUCAAGCAUUUCUGUUGCUAUCACUGCGAUGUGCCGCUGGCCGGCCAACAAUACAUUCCCGAUGAGAAAUCCAAUAUGCCCCUGUGUCUACAGUGCUACGACAAUUUCUUUGCUGUCACCUGCAAACGCUGUCAAUUGCCCAUUGGACCCUCCGUUCAGGGUGUGGCCUGGAACAAAAUACACUGGCAUGGACCAUGCUUCAUAUGUGCUGGUAAAGAUUGCUCCAAGUCAUUAAUUGGAGGUCGAUUCUGUGUCAAGCAGGACAUGCCCUUUUGCAGUCCAGCAUGUGUGCGGAGCAUAAUAUCAUAAAAUCUUUCAAACAGUAUUUUGUCUAAAAAACCACAAACCGAUCGAUAAAAUCUAAAACGAUAGACUAAAUAUUAGAGGACCGACUAACAAGAGGUUGCUUUAUAAAAUCAAAUUUAAUUAUGACGAAUAUUUCUAUAAACGACGAUAGAGAGGGUAGAGAUGGUUCGGCGACACUGUACUGGGAAUUUAUCGUGGCCCGAUAUUCUCCUAUGGAUAUUGAUAUAUUUAUUCAAAAAUUACCACAAUGAAAUGCAAACUAAAGUAUUGAAUAGUUUACCAAACAUUUAAUAAAAAUAGUGAUUCCUAAAUGGACCUUUUAGUAAGUGCCUACAACCACGAUUUUAGCCGUGCCAAUAUCUACACAAAUAUUGAUCGAGUAUUAUAUACAAGGACUUUUUAUAACGCACAUUUUUUAAAUAAAGUUUUUUAUCACCUU